CGCUCGACCAUGGCCGAGGCGGCCCAGGCGGUGGAGAUCGACCCGGACUUCGAGCCGCUGGCCCGGCCCCGCUCGUGCACCUGGCCGCUCCCCCGCCCCGACUUCACCCCGUCGGGCUCGGCCACGUCCAGCCCGGCCCCCGCCGGGCCCGGGGACGGCUCGUCGUCCUCCUCCGCCUCCUCCUCCUCCGCCGCCGCCGCCGCCGCCGCCGCCGCCGCCACGGCGACCGCCUCCGCCGACUUCAUCGGCAACCUCGGCCUGCUGGAGGAGAGCGAGGGCUUCGACCGGUCCCCGGCCGGGGCGGCGGCGGCGGCGGCGGUGGGACUGUGCGGCGGGGACUUCCACUGCCCGGAGCCCCCCUGCCCGCCGCCCCCGCCGCCGCCCCCGCAGCCGCCCCCCGGCCCGCUGCCCGGCCAGCCCCGCAAGAGCAGCUCCUCUCGCCGCAACGCUUGGGGCAACCUGUCGUACGCCGACCUCAUCACCAAGGCCAUCGAGAGCUCGGCCGAGAAGCGGCUCACCCUCUCCCAGAUCUACGAGUGGAUGGUCAAGAGCGUCCCCUACUUCAAGGACAAGGGCGACAGCAACAGCUCGGCCGGCUGGAAGAAUUCCAUCCGCCACAACCUGUCCCUGCAUAACAAGUUCAUCCGGGUGCAGAAUGAAGGCACCGGCAAGAGCUCCUGGUGGAUGCUCAACCCCGAGGGCGGGAAGAGCGGAAAGUCUCCCAGGAGAAGAGCGGCCUCCAUGGACAACAACAGUAAAUUCGCCAAGAGCCGGGGCCGGGCGGCCAAGAAGAAAGCGGCCCUGCAGGCCGGGCAGGAGGGGAGCGGGGACAGCCCGGGCUCGCAGUUCCCCAAAUGGCCGGCCAGCCCCGGCUCCCACAGCAACGACGACUUUGAGAACUGGAGCACCUUCCGGCCCCGGACCAGCUCCAACGCCAGCACCAUCAGCGGGCGGCUGUCACCCAUCCUGCCCGAGCAGGACGACCUCGGGGACGGGGAGGUGCACGGGAUGGUCUACCCCCCUCCGGGCUCCAAGAUGGCGGCGACGCUGCCCAGCCUGUCGGAGAUGAGCAAUUCGGAAAACAUGGAGAACCUCCUGGACAACCUCAACCUCUUGUCGCCGCCGACGUCGUUGACGGUGUCCACCCAGUCGGCGCCCGCUUCUCUGAUGCAGCAGGCCCCGGGCUACUCGUUCGCGCCCCCGAACGCGAGCAUGAGCUCCCCGAGCCCGGACUACCGGAAGUUCCCCUACGGCCAGGCCGGGCUGAGCCCUCUGCCCCAGAUGCCUAUGCAAACGCUCCCAGACGGGAAAUCGGGUUACGGGGGCUUGAACCAGUUCAACUGCCCCGCGGGCCUCCUCAAGGAGCUGCUGACGUCGGACUCCCCCCCGCACAACGACAUCUUGACGUCCGUGGACCCCGGGGUGGCCCAGCCCGGGGGCCGCGUCAUGCUAGCCCCCAGCUCGGUCCUGCCGACCUACGGCGGCCAGCCGCCCCACACCCACGCCAAAAUGAUGAGUCCCAGCCCCCACCCCGGACACACCCAGCAGGCGUCCUCCGCCGUCAACGGGCGACCCCUGCCCCACGCGGGGAGCGCCCUGGCCCACGGGGCCGGCCUGAGCCGCCUGACGCCCGGCAAAACGCUACAAGUGCCUCUGACGCAUCCCUUGCCGAUGAACGCCAUGGGCGCCUACCCCCCGGGCACCAGCUGCAACGGCUACGGCCGCGUGGGCCUCCUCCACCAGGAGAAGCUGCCCAGCGACCUGGACGGCAUGUUUAUCGAGGGCUUGGACUGCGACAUGGAGUCGAUCAUCCGGAACGACCUCAUGGAUGGAGAUACGUUAGAUUUUAACUUUGACAAUGUGUUGCCUAACCAAAGCUUUCCGCACGGCGUUAAGACGACGACACACAGCUGGGUGUCGGGCUAGGCGGCGGCAAGCAGGCUACACUUAAAAGUACUUCAGAUUUGUCUGACAGCAGGAACUGAGGAAAGCAGCCCAAAGAUGUCCUUCACCCCUCCUCUUAGUUUUCUCGAUAAAAAAGCGUUCCUUUUUUUUUUUUCCUUUCGUCAGACUUGGCAGCAAAGAUUCUUUUCCUCUACAGGAUGUUUGCCCAAAGUUUUCAGGUUAUGUGCUGCUGUAGAUAAGGACUGUGCCAAUGGAAAUUUCAUUACUAUGAAGUGCCAAACUCACUACACCAUAUAAUCAUAGAAAAAGACUUUUGAAUCUAUGUUGUGCUUUCAAGUUUUGUAUAUAAGCGAUAGAUACAGAAUUGUUGUGUGUGUUGGUUUUGUUUUUUGGUUUUUGUUAUUUUUUUCUAAAGAACCUCCAUUUGGUCCAAGAAAAGUUUAUACUCUUUUUGUAAUACUGUGAUGGUCUCCUGUCCGAAGUAAGUUGGACUUCUGUUUGUGCUACCGAUGUUCUUCUGAACUUACGGAUCAAGACUCUCGCCUCCAUGCUGAAGUUCUCAGAACUGCCUCCCGUCCUAGCCAAAUCGUCGCCGUGCGAUUCGAGCGAGAACCAAGUAGCUGCAGCUUGACACGAGUCGUCGGAAUGAACGGAACUCAUCCACGGCCGCAAACAGCCGGCAAAGGCCUUCUCUUGUCGUAUUUCGGGGCAGAUUUGUGCGAGCCUCCAAACGGUUGAUUUCCGGGUGGAUUUUUGUCGUUUUUGUUGUUGGGACGUGAGAUGGUUUUUGAAAUAGACACUGAACUGUGUAAUGGUUUCUUAAAGUUAGGGUCUCCUUGUAAAUUUUCCGGAAUCCCAGGCGUCGGACAGCAUUCGUAAUGUUCAUUUUGUAUUUUUAUCUGGUUUACUACUAAUUUUCUACGUGCUUAACUGGUUUGUAUUCCUUGGGAAGCGACUUGGUGAGAUUUCCAUGAAUUAAUCUAAAGAAAGAAGUCACGAGUAUCUCGAAUACUAAACAUAUCUGUCCCUCCCCCCUUUUUUGACAGGAAAGUGACGUAUAGUUCUAGGCCCUUUGCAUUUCGCGUUUAGGGGAAUCGAAUCCGUUUUUAUAUAUGCGUUUUUAGAAAUUACAUCUGCUUCGACUACCAUAUUAACCCUGAGUACCACAAAGUGUUAAGUAUCCUCCGAUAGAUGCUUGUACGAUGCUUCAUGGUGGUUAGUUCCUGGAGGUCUCAUAAUGUUUGCAGGCCAGAAAAGGGUUUCCUUUACAUCGAAGAACCUUCUCGCUCUGCCGGCGGACUUUCCGAUGAGGCUACCGUUGGAACUGAGCUUCAGCAAAAGGGUCUGCCGGUGUGUCGCUCGCCCCUGCCCCUUUCCCCACGUCCCCCUCCCCACUCUUUCCUUUCCGUUUGAAGAGAUCGGUGCUACAGCUCAGCUCACAGACUUUCACUCUAAGGAUCGGUCGGAAAUCUCCAAUCUCCCUUCCCGUUUUCCCUAGUCGUUCAAGCUGAAGGCGAAAAGGGGAAGUCCGGGCGGAGGGUCCGAGAUGCACCUGGGUUUUACUACUUCAAGGAAAUUGAGUCGGGAUCAUUUCAGGAUUGGGUAUCUGAUUUGCAAAGGCCAACCAGAAGGGCCCAAGUGCAAAUAGUCCUUUUCCCAAGACAGGAAUGUGAAAGCUUUCUUGAGUCCUGAGCAGCUUUAAUCCCAAACGCCCUUACUCUACAGUUUUAAUAUUUUACAAUCCCCCGGGAACCGGCAGGCCAAGUUAAUUGGGGUCGGAAUCCCAUUUCACCCACCGCAUCACCUGUCGGGUUUUCUGAGGCCACUCAGAAAGAGGAACAGGUGGGCAGCCUUGCUCAUUUGGGCAUGCUGGAAGCUCUGAUUUCAUGGCACGGGUCUGUGGGCCGAUUACUCUAAAUCACACGUGCGCCGUCUUGCGCUUGUCAGAUUUUCUCCCGCCCAGAUCUCCCCAGCAGUCUCUUCGUCCCACGGUGAACACACAGAUGCAGCCGGAGGUUCUGUGCUGUUUUUGAGUGCUCGCUCGUCUCACCGUCCCAAAAGCGAUCCCCCGUCGAGGGUCGACUCACGAGUCGUCCGAGCGGUUCCGUCUAUCGGCCCGUUCCUCCGGCAGCUGGGACCGAAACUUCAGCUUCUCCACACAGCUUCCCCAGCCUUCUGUGGCACCCUCCCAAACGCUCAGCAUGGUGCUCUGCACAGAGUGAGUGCUCAAUAAAUCCCAUCGAUUGACUGAUUGACUGAGUGAUUGAAAUCAAGAGGACCUCAUCCAGACGGUAGACUGUAGUUGCUCUCCAGCUUCGGUCUCUUGAUUCCUACAGCCCCUACUUUCCGAUGCCGAGCGUCGGGCUCCACGGCAUCCCUGGUGAGCUUUGAAUCAGGUCCCCAAAUUCCCACGCGAGUCCCCAAGUCUCAUUUCCUCUGGCAGAGGCCCAUAUCCUUUCUCUUCUCUCUUAGUCUGUGCAGUUCAUUUCCAUUUUUCUCUCACGGCUUUUGGGGUCGUAAAUCGGAUGCCUUUCCCAAGGAUGGGAUGUAGUGAAGUGCAGCGAAGGGCAUUUUGUCAGUUUUUAUGAAAGCAAACAUUAUGUGACCUCUAGUAAUUUUUUUUUUCAGUAUAAAUACUGAAUUUCUGGAGUAAUUUAGUUUUGUCAAUUAUUGUAAAUGAUUGCUUUGUGAAAUGUGCAGACGAUCUUUACCUAUGCAGCAUUGUUUGAUUUUUUUUUCCCCCUCCACCCUCUCUCUGGUUUGUACUGUUAUUAAAAGUAUAUUGUAUUAUAGAGCUAUUCAGAUAUUUUAAAUAUAAAGAUGUAUUGUUUCCGUAAUAUAGUUGUAUGGAAUAUAUUUAGAUAGUAGGCGCAUUAAUUGGAGAGCUCUGCUUUGGCGAGAUGAUUUUUUUUUUAAAAGGCCUAAAUUUAUGAGUAAAAGAUAUACUGCCUUUUGGGUUGCCAACACGCCAUCCCCAAGAAGAGGAUGGGAAACUUAAAAUCGGACCAAUUUUCAAAUUGUAUAAAAUUUGCACUUGUUAAACCACUGGAUGUAUGUUUAUUAGUACUUUCCCUUUCCUUUGUCCUUAUUUGAAUUUCCCAUUUUCCACUCUUAGUCUUCUUAAUUUAUAACUGAUUUUAAAAUGAGAUGUUCUCUUGUGUUUUUUUUUUUAUUUUGGUUUUUUUUUUGUAAUCAUUAUGUAAAAAGUGCAGUGUGGUUUAUGCAAACCCAACAAAACUCGGCAUUAAAACUGGCCUCCUUUUUGAGGGUGUCCCACAGACCAGCAAUAUCACCAGAGAACGGCAUGUAAAUACCGCCACUUUCCUCGCGGGUGGUUUUCUCAGUGCUCUGUCUGACUACUCCAAUCCGGUGACAUCACACACCUAGAUAUUCUCUGAGAAGUGCCUGAUGUUGAUGUGCUUACAGACACAAGAACAAUCUUUGCUAUUAUUGUAUAAAGCCAUAAAUGUAUAUAAAUUAUGUUAAAAUGG